AGCCCAGAACACCCGGGAUGCCGCUGCUGGGCGACCUCAGCGCAGGAGGAGGGUCCUGCUGGCUAGGAGUUAAUUAGCCCGGCACAGUGCGGGGGGAGUCGCCAGUUUUCCCGGGACACUGGCUUCAGUCACUGGCUGCUACCGUACUCCUACCCAGGGGAGUUCAGCAAGAGUUGGAUGCAUUCUGGGUUGUUAGCCGCGGUCCGCUGGGCUCCCGGGAGCCUUUUCCUGGUGGAAAUCAGGGGGCGUCUGGCAAGGGAACCAGCGGCUUGCUGAGACUCAACAUGACGCUCCUGGGUUCUGAGCAUUCUUUGCUGAUUAGGAGCAAGUUCAGAUCAGUUUUACAGUUACGACUUCAACAGAGAAGGGCCCAGGAGCAACUGACUAACCAAGGCAUAAUACCACCACUGAAAAGUCCAACCGAAUUCCAUGAACAAAGGAAAAACCUGGAUAGUGACAAGACUGAGGACCACCUGAAGCACAAGGUCAGAAAUAGAUCCACACGUGCCAACUUGGUUAAUAUGCACAUACUCCAAGCCUCCGCCGCAGAGAGGUCCAUUCCGACUGCUCAGAUGAAGCUGAAAAGAGCCCGACUUGCCGAUGAUCUUAAUGAAAAGAUCGCUCUCCGGCCAGGGCCCCUGGAGCUGGUGGAGAAGAAUAUACUCCCCGUUGAUUCUGCUGUGAAAGAGGCCAUAAAAGGUAACCAGGUGAGCUUCUCCAAGUCAGCAGACGCAUUUGCCUUUGAAGAGGACAGCAGCAGCGAUGGGCUUUCUCCAGAGCAGACUCGAAGUGAAGACCCUCAGGGCUCCACAGGAUCCCCAGCAGACACUAAAGCUGUGGAGACCCCUCUGGCAGGCCCUCUGGGGACAAUCCAGGAUCUUGCUUCUGGCUCAGAAAAUGACAGGAAUGACUCAGCAUCGCAGCCAGGCAACCAGUCGGACGCUGGGAAGCAGGGCCUGGGCCCCCUCGGCACCCCAAUGCCCGUGCAUGCUGCUGUCAAGUCUAAGUCCUUGAGUGACAGUAAGAACCGCCACAAAAAGCCCAAGGACCCUAAGCCGAAGGUGAAGAAGCUCAAGUAUCACCAGUACAUCCCCCCAGACCAGAAGGCCGAGAAGUCCCCCCCGCCCAUGGACUCGGCCUACGCCCGGCUGCUCCAGCAGCAGCAGCUUUUCCUGCAGCUCCAGAUCCUGAACCACCAGCAGCAGCGGCACCACUUCAGCUACCACGGGGCCCAGCAGGCUCCGCUCAGGGAAACGAGCGAACAGAUGAUGCGAAAUUCAAACACUCCUUCAACACCAUUAAGCAACACUCCUUUGUCUCCUGUCAAAAACAGUUUUUCUGGGCAAACUGGUGUUUCUUCUCUCAAGCCAGGCCCACUUCCAUCGAACCUGGACGAUCUGAAGGUCUCUGAGUUAAGACAACAGCUCCGAAUACGGGGCUUGCCAGUGUCAGGCACCAAAACCGCCCUCAUGGAACGGCUGCGGCCCUUCCAGGACUGUUCUGGAAGCUCUGUGCCGAACUUCGGUGAUAUAACGACCGUCACCUUUCCUGUUACGCCAGCCAGCACUCUGCCUAAUUACCAGUCCUCCCCUUCCACCAGCGCCUUAUCCAAUGGCUUCUACCACUUCGGCAGCACCAGCUCCAGCCCACCCAUCUCCCCUGCCUCGUCAGACCUCUCGGUCGCCGGGUCCCUGCCGGACACCUUCAAUGACGCCUCUCCCUCCUUCGCCCUGCACCCGUCCCCAGUGCACGUCUGCGCGGAAGAAAGCCUCAUGAGCAGUCUGAACGGAGGCUCUCUGCCCUCAGAGCUGGAUGGGCUGGACUCGGAGAAGGACAAGAUGCUAGUGGAGAAGCAGAAGGUGAUAAAUGAGCUCACCUGGAAACUCCAGCAAGAGCAGAGGCAGGUGGAGGAGCUGAGGCUGCAGCUUCAGAAACACAAAAGGAGCAGCUGCUCGGAGAAGAAGCCCUUGCCUUUCUUGGCUGCCCCCAUCAAGCAGGAAGAUGCUGUCUCCAGCUGUCCUUUUGCAUCCCAGCAGACAUCUGUGAAAAGGCAAAGCUCCAGCUCCGAGGGUCAGCAGACCACCUGUGAAGCUGCUCAGCUCCUCCCCCUGGGGAGCGCGCACUGUGCAGAGUCCUCACAGACCAACGUUCUUUCCUCCACCUUCCUCAGCCCCCAGUGCUCCCCUCAGCACUCCCCCCUCGGGACAGUGAAGAGCCCACAGCACAUCAGCCUGCCCCCAUCGCCCAACAACCACUACUUCUUACCCUCAUCUUCCGGCGCUCAGGGAGAAGGGCACAGUGUCUCCUCACCUGUCGGCAGCCAGGUGUGCACUGCUCAGAACUCAGGAGUACACGAUGGCCGUCCUCCAAGCUUCUCCCCGCAGCCUUCCAGCCUCCACCCACCUUUCCCUGGAGCCCAGGCAGACAGCAGUCAUGGUGCUGGGGGCAACACCUGCCCCCAAAGCCCAGGUGUACAGCAAAAGAUUGCUGGUUUACACUCUUCUGAUAAGGCAGGACCAAAGUUUCCAGUCCCAUCCCCAACUUUUCCUAAGUCAAGCUCAGCAGUUUCAGAGAUAACACAGCCUCCUUCCUACGAGGACGCAGUGAAGCAGCAGAUGACUCGGAGUCAGCAGAUGGAUGAACUCUUGGACGUCCUCAUUGAAAGUGGAGAAAUGCCUGCUGACGCCAGAGAGGAUCAUUCCUGUCUUCAAAAAGUCCCAAAGAUCCCCGGGCCUUCCCGAAGCCCUACUGCUGCUCUCCCCAAGCCUUCAGCCUCUUUUGAACAAGCUUCUGCGGGAGGCCAACCCUCCUUUGAUCACUAUGCCACUGAAAAUGACGAGCACCUUGAAGUCUUACUAAACUCCCAGAGCCCCUUAGGAAAAGUGAGUGAUGUCACCCUCCUAAAACUUGGGAGUGAGGAGCCCCAGUUUGAUGGGAUCAUGGAUGGGUUCUCCGGAAAGGCUGCAGAAGACCUCUUCAAUGCGCACGAGAUCUUGCCAGGCCCUCUCUCCCCCAUGCAGACUCAGUUUUCACCCUCUUCUGUAGACAGCAAUGGGCUGCCAUUAAGCUUCACUGAAUCUCCUUGGGAGACCAUGGAGUGGCUGGACCUCACUCCACCAAGCUCCACACCAGGCUUUGGCUCCCUCGCCACCAGCGGCCCCAGCAUCUUUAACAUUGAUUUCUUGGAUGUCACGGAUCUCAAUUUGAAUUCCCCCAUGGACCUUCACUUACAGCAAUGGUAGAAUGCUGAUACAACAGAGCUAAGGAAGACCAAUAAGAAUUCCAUGGGGGAAAGCAUACAACCACGAAUACUUUCAUUAUUAAAAAAAAAAAAGAGAGAGAGAGAGAGAAGGGAAUUAAAAAUAAGCCAAUAGAGACUUCUGUGACAAUCAGCAAGAACAAAUAGGAUAUAUAUUUUGUUGUUGGUAGUUGCCAUCGAGUCGAUUCCGAUAAACAUAUAUUAAUAUUUACCAACAAUCAGUGGCUGAUAAUAAUUUCAGCAAUGCAUUAAAAUUGUGUUUUCUCAGACUAUGAAUGCCAAAAAAAUUUUUUACUGCCUUUAAAACACCAGUAGUUUUUUUACCCCAUACUUUUCUCAGGCAUUGUUGGGGCAUAAUUUCACAUUGUAUAUUGUUCUUAUGAAAACAAUUAGACAUAAUGUGGAAAGAAAAUGUCAGCUACUCUGAGAGUACAGAGAAAGUCCACCCAACAAAGGUCAUGAAAGGUAUGUCCUUGAUGUAGGCUGCUGCUCAUCUCUCUAUCACCUGUCUCAGAACGGAAGCCACAUAUAGCUUCAGUUAGGGAAUUCUUGAGGCAGAAGAGAGGGAUAGAACCAACCCAUUCCUAGGAAAACAAAGUCAACUCAGUGUCCCUCAGCCACAAAGCUACCCGCUGAUGUGGCUCCGAUCCUGUACUUAGGACUCUUCGGUCACCGAUAACAGCCUGCAUUUAGUCCAGACAAGCGCACCCAGAGCUUCCCUCUUUUUCAACCCAUAGCCAAAUCACUCCUGCUGUCUCUGAGGUGCUAAGCAUGGUGGAACAAGGGAGGAUCCUAAAGCAAGGAAAACUCCUGCUAUGAAAAAAGAUACGUUGGGUUCUCCUACACAACCUCUUUAGUUCCAAAGACUAGAGGUUUCCGCGUAGGCAAACCUGAAGGAUAUUUCUAGGCAUAAGAAGCAAUAUCAGGGAAAAUUCAGACAGGACUAGAGAACAGCACAGUUUUACAUGUCAUGGGAAUAAAUUCCAUGGUCUAUUCUAACAGGACUGUUAUUUAUGGGGGUCCAACUUCUUUUUCUGUUUUCCUUUUUUUGAGUCGGGGGGAGCUCCACUUCAGUUUACUUUCCUCCCACUUCACUUGUCUUUCUAGAUAGCAAUCCUCUCUUGCUCCUCUUUAGACUUUCUUUGUUUCUUUUCCUGCCCCAACACUGGGAGGGGAGGACUCCUCAGAUCUAACAAGCUGUCAUACUCCUGAAAAAGCCAUUUUCUAAAAAGUUGACAAUCCAGGUUCUCCUGGAGAACUCACUCUCCACCUGCAUAAUUUGCUACAAAAUGAAGUCACAAGAAUUUCCUUAGGAAAUUCUCGUCAGUCACAAAGCGCAUUCCACCCUCAUUUGAUGUAGAGCAAUCAUCGAUUUGUGUUGCUCUGGAGAAAUUGGAAAUCAUUAUAUCGUAAAAAUAAAUAUGGUGAUAUUUAUGGGGAGAGUAUGUUGGGUCUCGGUCUCUUCAAGAAAACACAAUUGCAUGUUGAAAAUGACGGACAGAAAAGAGACAGUGGUCUAAUGUGCUUCCCUCAUUACCUCUCUUGCUGUGGCUGGGAGGUGAGAACACUCAGAUUGUAGGACAGUCUCUCAAAAGCUCACUGUGGCUCAUGUCACCAUCUUAGAGUGUUGCAUGCUGUAGAAAGUAGCUAUUGCUGUGGUUUUCUGUUCUGUUUUUUAAUUUUUAUUUAAAUCACUACAGCACUGUUUUCUUCUUCUGUAAAAAAGAAAAUGUUGUUCACUGUGCACUUCUAGAGAAAAUAAUCAAAAAUGUUGUGAUUUUAGAAGUUCUCUUUUUGACAAACCAAAGAUUUAGAAGAAGUCAUUCCAUUGUUAACUUGUAAAUGUGUGUGAACACAGAGUGUUUUUGAUGACUGCUACUCUGAAAGUUGCCAGUUCUUAUUCUAGGGGAGAAAGGCACACUGAGACACACACACGUGUAUAUGGACAUAUACACGUGUGUGUGUGUGUGUCCUGCAUAGCAGCGUUACAGAGUUAUAUGCCAAAAGCUUUUAACCCUCGAUCUGCUGUGAAAUGGUACUUGGACUUUCUCACUGAGAACUCCUGAUUAAUCAACCAGACUACACAUUGCCUCUCUGUGUGUGACGAAUGGCUCCAACCUGAUGACUCACAGCCACUUGCUUACCAUGAACAAGCUCAUCUUGGCAAUGAAUAUGGAUGUGAAAAGCAGAACGCCUUCGCCAUUCGUAGCUGGAAAUGGUAACACCGUCUCUUGUAGGAGCAUCUAAAAGGAACAUGAAAAUCGUUUUACAUUCCUUGAUCUGCACUGUGCUCUAAAAGAUCCACAUGGUCAAUUUUUUUUUUUUAUUUUGCUUCCACGUCUGUCAUCAGAACCAGAUAUCGAGAUGGAAAAAUCACCAGUCUUUUCUCCGAAGAUGAAGCUAUGGCAAGAAAGCCUUAUUAACAUGUUCCUCACAUUUGUUGAUUCCCUAGAUAUUGAAGUUUUUCUUGGAUCCUGACAAAGCUUGCUGGUCAGUACAUUUUUCCAUGUGCUGUGUUUUGCUCUGUAUAUGUUUUUUCUUUUUCCUUACUUCCUGUGGAAAGCAGAGGUACGCAGUGUCCCUGCUCUGAGACUCUGAUCUCAGUGUUAAUUUAUUUUUUUCCCUUUGGGUAUUUCUAUCUGAAAGGCUAGACCUGGGUAACAGGCCUCUGUAUAUUGCAAUCCUGUACACUUUUGUGGGAUCUUUUUAGGGUAUUAGCUGGGACUGAUAUACACACCUCACAGUAUGUUUGGUCUAAGCAAAAGAUAAGAUGGUUCCUAUUUGCUACUGCAGACCAACAUAGUUAACACAGCAGGUCCCAUGCUUACUGUUCCUGGCCUCCUCCCACAGUUUCCACACACUGUAGUCAUCCUAUUCUUCAUAACUGAAAAGUUUGGCUUUGGGGAAAAAUGGGAGACAUGGGAGAAAUCUGAUGAAGCCAGCUGCUCCCCGUGAAACACAUAAUCUAUACUAGUCAAUCCAUCUCCUAUGGGGGGGGGUGUAUUUUGAGUUUCUUUAAACCGCUAGUUGUGUCCUCUUUUAUGGUCAUGAAUUGGGCAUAACUAGAAGAUGUACAGAGACUUAUGAAGGUGGCCAUGGUCAAGUUUCUUAAUGCUCUUAGAGCCUGAAGACCACAUUCCAUUUUCCUAACACCCCUGGGACCCACAUGAUGAAGCUGACCUGCAGAUGCUGGCCGCCAUUCCCCAAGCUGCUGCAGUCAUAGUCGUAGUUAUCCUAUGGAGCCAGAAAAUCCAUUCGUGCAAGCGCUUUCAGUAAGCCAGUGCCCAUUAGUGGUGGCCUACCUCUACGUUAUUGGGAUGGCGCACAUCGCAAGGCGGAGAGAGACAAGGAGGAAGGGAGGGAGGGAGGAAAGAAGGAAGGACGGAAAGGAGGGGAGCAAGAGGGUGAACUUCGUGAUCUAUGAGCCUCUCAGAUCAGCUAAGAUGUUGCAUUAUGAAAAUUGAGUCAGUAUUUUUUGGAUGAGAAGCUAUUCUUAAUAAUGCAAUAAUUGCACUGGUAAAUAAGAACUCCAAGAGAGGCCCCGCCUCUAGUUAAGUCUGUGAACUGGCAGCCUUUUUACUUUCAAAUACACUUAUUUUCCAUCUGAACAAAAGAAUCAACAAAACCUACCCUAAGCACUGGAGGCAUUCCUUUCAAAAAAUACUUAUUUUAAACUUGAUCAGUUCUUCCAGAAACAGAUUCUGGUCUGGCUGCAAACACCCACAUCAAAUUUACUCAUCCAAUGGACAACUAUUUGAUGCCUACCAUAUAUAAAGCACACAAAUCUUCAGAUACCCAAUACCACAUUGACCCAGGUGUCCCAAUAACUGAUCACAUUUUGAAUGUCUGGGGAGUUACAGUUUCUAUAAUCAAGAACACCGGGAACUUCCCAGUCUUCAAACUAGAAACCCUUUAUGCUAUCAUCAAAAGAAGGCUUAGUUUUUCCAGAAGGGAGAGUGAAGCUCCUCUCUUCAGCUGAAAGCUGUCUCCCACAUUCUUUUCUUGGCUCUCUCUCUAUGGUGAAAUGGCUGCCGUGUAUCACCCAGGGGGAUCUUUUAUCUUCUACCACUUCAACCAUCUGUGUGAAUUUUAGAGCGUCUUAUCUUUCCCAGAUUUAGAAGUUCCCUGAAAAUUGGAGCUAAGGAAAUAUUUUUUGUCCUACCCCAGGCCCCACCCUUCAUAACAAGCUCUCUGAGACAAAAGGGAGAGCUGGUAGGGGAGGAAGUGUCCAGGUCGCCUUGAUCUCUUAAGCGAAAGCAGUGUGAAGAUGGUUUAGCCUUCCCCUUGAGGGGGCUGCUGCAUUCCUCACAGUGAACGGCCCACCAUAGAUGACAGACAGAACUUAGAGGGAAAAGAGUUUGGGGAUUCAUUUUUCAUACAUUUAGUAGAAACCAGCAGAAUGGCUCAGAUGCUAAAACUGCUGGAGCUUUACUAGACAGGUAAAAACAGAGCCCAGGGCACGAAACAGGAUGGUCCUAGAGCUCUGAGAGUGGGUCAGGCUCUGUCUAAAGGGUUGGGUUCAAUUCCUGCCUCUACAUUUUCAGAGGAGCCUGGCGAGGGUAAGGCUAUCCACGGGAAGAUGAUUUUAAGAUAGUAAAGAUACAGGGGAGUCCCUGGGUGGUACAAACGGUUAACAUGCCUGGCUGCUAACCGAAAGGCUGGAGGUUCAAGUCCACCCAGAGGCACCUCGGAAGAAAGCCCUGGUGCUCUACUUUAAAAAAACAAGCCAUUGAAAACCAACACACGUGGGGUCGCCAUGAGUUGGCACCAACUCAAUGGUAACUGGUUAAAAAAAAGAGAUCUGAGAAGAAUUUUGCUAUCAUCUACCAGGAAAUUGUAGUAGGAUCCAUCAGGUUCAAUAAUACGUGAAUCAGUUUCCUUCUGACUAUAGGAUCUGUGACUGUCCCUCUGCGUUAAGACGACAAGUCCUUGAAUGUCUCCCGUGCUCCUUGGGGCCAGCUGCUCCCGUCGUGGGUGCUGGAGGGCGUGGGUUUCCUGUAAAGGGUUUAACAGUCCUGAGUGUUUGUGACAAGAGCAAGCGUGGCGAUGGGGAUCCUGGAUGCUAUUCUGAUGUUUUUGAAAGGAAGGGAACCCACACCGCUCCCCAGAGCUCCUUUCCAAGGGUCCUGCAGGGAGGAAGGAGGGCAAUGUAUUACAGGAUGCUUCAAGUUCACCCUCAGCUAGACACAGAUUUGCUUUACAAAGAAACCAAAAGAGCAAGCAUUUGUUCUCUGCUACGGCCUGUGUGGUGUGUUCGUGUCGGUCUUCUUUGCUCAACUCUACAUAAUCAGAGACAAAUGUGGGUUACCAGGAGGAGAAGGGAAGCAAUGGCUAAAAUACCAAAGUUGGCAUGUGUUCUUUUUAAAAUAUAUAUAUAUAUAUAUUUUUAAAUAAAAUGUUUAUUUUAAAAAGAGAUGAAAGUUUUUCUUCACUGUGUGUUGUACUAGACACUUGGCUAUACACCCUUUAUAUGUCGGUUUUGAUUUGUUUUUUCCAUUUUAUCCUCACAACAGCACCAUGAAGCAGUCCUGUUAUUUUACCCAUUUUACACAUAAAGAAACUGAGGCUCCGCAAGGCUAAAUAGUCUAAACCAAAAAAAAACCAAACCCACUGCCGUCGAGUGGAUUCCGACUCAUAGCGACCCUAUAGGACAGAGCAGAACUGCCCCAUACAGUUUCCAAGGAGCACCUGGUAGAUUUGAACUGCCGACCUCUUGGUUAGCAGCCAUAGCACUUAACCACUACGCCACCAGGGUUUCCAUAAAUAGUCUAAAGUUACCAAAAAACCAAACCUGUUGCCAUCUAGCUGACUCCAACUCAUGACAACCCCAUGUGUGUCAGAAUAAAAUUGUGCUCCACAGGGUUUUCAGUGUCUGUGAUCUUUUUGACAUAGAUUGCCAGGCCUUUCUUCCAGGCACGUCUAGCUAAAAAAUGGCAGGGCCAGGAGUCAAAGCCCACGAUCUCAAGUGUUACAAAUCCUCUGGUCAUACCAAUAAAAUGAGAAAUUCUGUGAAGCAGAACAGACUCUCGAGCCACAUCUA